GCAGGCUAUCAGCGAGGGUUUCGUUUCUAGGGUUUCGGUUCGAUUCGGGCGAGGCUGCAGAUGAACGCCGGAGCUGCUCCGGCACCAAUCUAGGUUCUGCGUGAAGCGAUUAGGGGUGAGCGGAGGAGGAGGAGGAGGAGGAGGAGGAGGAGGAGGAGGAGAAGCAGCGGCCGGAGAUGCAGACGGAGGCGCGGGUGGGAGCUCUUUCCUCUGGCCACGGCAGUGGCGGAGGCGCUGUAGACGGCGGGGCAAGGAGGUACUCCGCGCACGACCAGCAGCAGAAUCACCACCAGCAGCAGCGUCAGCAGUUGCAACAUCAGCCGCAGAUCGGGACGGUUGCGCACCUUAUUGCCGGAGGAGUCGCCGGGGCGGUCAGCAAGACGUGCACGGCUCCUCUUGCUCGCCUUACCAUCCUCUUCCAGGUGCAAGGAAUGCACUCUGAUGUUGCAACUCUAAGGAAAGCUAGCAUAUGGCAUGAAGCUUCUCGUAUUGUUCAUGAAGAAGGUUUUAGAGCAUUUUGGAAAGGAAAUUUGGUGACAAUUGCUCAUCGCUUACCUUAUUCUUCUAUAAGUUUUUAUGCUUAUGAGCGAUACAAGAAUCUACUGCAAUUGAUUCCUGGGCUAGAUAGGCAUAGAGAUAGUGUGAGUGCAGAUGUCUGCGUGCGGUUGUUUGGUGGAGGUCUGGCUGGGAUUACAGCUGCAUCUGUCACAUAUCCCCUGGAUCUUGUUAGAACACGUCUUGCAGCUCAGACGAAUACUAUGUAUUACAGGGGCAUUUCACAUGCUGUGUAUGCUAUCUGCAGAGAUGAGGGUAUGAGAGGAUUAUACAAGGGACUUGGACCAACAUUGAUGGGUGUUGGACCCAGCAUAGCAAUCAGCUUUUCUGUGUAUGAAACUUUGAGAUCUCGUUGGCAAGUUGAGAGGCCAUAUGAUUCUCCUGUAUUGGUUAGUUUGGCUUGUGGAAGUCUUUCUGGUAUUUCAUCAUCAACAGUGACAUUCCCGUUGGAUCUGGUGAGGCGAAGAAUGCAGUUGGAAGGGGCAGCUGGAAGGGCUUGUGUCUAUAAGUCAGGCGUCUUUGGGACGUUUAAGCAUAUAAUUAGGACCGAAGGAUUUCGAGGCUUAUACCGAGGUAUCUUGCCUGAAUACCUCAAAGUUGUCCCCAGUGUGGGCAUUGUUUUCAUGACCUACGAGACUCUAAAAUCAAUCUUUUCAAGCAUAUCAGCAGAUGAUUAAUGCUCACAACUCCAUUAUUAGCAUUCCUCGGUCUUUGACAUCUGCCAUGGGCACAUUUUUUGACUUUGUUUGAUGAUACAGGGUAGAAAAGUAUGCAUCUUUCAGGACUCCCCCAUGGUGGCGAGUUUUGCUGUUGCUGCCAUGAAAAUUCUUUAAUUUUUGUAUAGAUGAAAAGGCUUUUUGUGGAUGCAACUGGUUACUCGUUUAGACUAAUUCAUCAGCCAUCAUUUUGAUA